GAUGGGAAAUUAAUUAGGAGCUUGUAAUUAAUGCUUCCCACUGUGGCCAGGAGAAGCCUGGUGCAGGCUGUAGGGCUGCGGUGGUGCUGGGGAUGGCGAAGCUGGGAUAUGGAAUGGCUCUGCCUGGCCAAGGGAAUGGGGACAUGGGGACAGUGGGGACUGAUGCGUUCAGCCACAGUGACCCCUCCCUGCAAGUGGCAGACAGUUGAAGUCUGCUGGCUCUUUUCCUGCAGGGGGGAAAGCAGAGGAGCAAGCUGGCAUGCAGAAAAAAUAUACCAAGUGUGCACCCAAAUAACAAAAUCAUCUACCCCUGAGCUCAGCGCAGUGCUGUCAGUAAAGAGGGAUUUAAAGAAGAGAGGAGGAAGAGCACAGCUACAGCAUUGAGCCCCAAUGGCAGCUGUCACAGCACGGCCCCAAUGCGACACUGUUUUCCUCUUCCAUCAGUUCCACCAUGCAAUAAAUCCUAAUCACACACACCCCUCCAAAGAGGCUGCAGAUCUCCUUGCGCAGUGACCACCACACGAGCACAGGACAUCACCGAGUGACUCAGGUUGGAAAAGACCCCCCAGAUCCCCACCCCACCGUGCCCACUGCCCACAGCCCUCAGUGCCACAUCUCCACAGUCUGGAGCACCUCCAGGGACGGUGACCCCAACACUCCCUGGGCAGCAGUGCCAGUGCCUGACCGCUCUCUGGGAGAAGAAAUUGUUGCUAGCAUCCAUCCUGAGCCUCCUCCAGGAGGAGCAGAGAGAGGACAAGGAGAUAAAUCCCUGCAAGGACAAAGGGAGACGCAAGAUUGGUGCCCAGCACCCUGCACGCCUUGCUCCAAUGCAAGGCUCUUUGCUGCUUUGCCCUGAGGAUGGUGACUCAAGCAAGGCUCUCAUUUACACGGCCGCAGAUCCAGACCAACUGCACCCAAGCGGCUCAGCGAGACGCAGCCCGUGGCGUUUUCCUUUCUGACAUCUGAUCCCAAUUCACGAAAUUCUUGGCCCAAAAGCUCCGCGAUCGCCGCCUGGCCAAAGCAGGGGGGGAUUUUUAAUCCACCUCCCAGUUCAUAUCACACUCUGCCAGCGCAGUGCCGAGUCCCAGCCGCAAACCCCGCACCCAGCAGAGCCCUGCCCGCAGUUCCGACCCUCUCCCAGCAGCGCGGGGGCUGCUACAUGCGGUGCAGGAGGGCUCAAACACGGGGCACAGCCACUUCUUUCUCCAAAAACAGCGCCAUCCCAGCAGGCACAAAAAGUAAGAGGGGAUUUCAGGGCAGAGCUGAUUUUUUGGAGGAGCGCUCGGGGUCCCAGCGAGCAGCGCAGGCUGAAAGAGUUAAUGGCCGAGCCGAGCUGGGAAUGUGCAGGCAGCAUGUGACCGCAGGUGGGGCAGGGCGGAGCGAUGAAUCACUCCUUUGCUUUUCCUCUUUUCACUUCUUGCUGUUACCUGUCCGACCCGGCACAGCGUGCGGGCGGCAGCCGGGAGUCACUCGCGGAGAUGCCGAAGAGUUCGGCGCAGACGUCGGGCACCGAACGCACCGCCGAGCCGCUGCCCAACCGGGACCCGGCCGAUGUUUGGGCCCAGAAACUCCGCUUCGAGCGCACUUUGUGAAGCUGUUCCAUUUCCUUUGUUUCUUUUCCUUUUUUUCCUUUUGGUUUGCUUUCUCGCUGUGCUGAAAGAGAGGAGAAUGAGCGCAGUGCGCAGCCGGAGGUAGAGGAGGCCGUGUGUGUGUGCGCACGGGGCCGAGCUCUGCCCUGCCCGCAGCAGGAACCCAGAUCCUCCUCCCCGCACAGCCCGGCGUGGCAGGAGCCGGCCGAGCAGGGAGCCGCGUCCCCGGCUGCACACUGAACCGGGGUGGGCAAAGCAAAACUGAUCGCCUUCGUAAAGACUGGGGAGGAAUUGAUUCAGUAUUUACUGCCGGAGAAGUUCCCUUGGCGGAGGGACGCGGCGUGUGCCGUCGCCAUGGCUUUCUCCCAGGUGCAGUGCCUGGAUGACAGCCACGUCAACUGGAGGUCCAGCGAGUCCAAGCCCGAGUUCUUCUACAGUGAGGAGCAGCGCCUGGCCCUGGAGGCCUUGGCCGCCCGUGGCCCCGAUGCCUUCUACGAGGUCCUGAAGAAGGAGAACAUCCGGGACUUCCUCUCCGAGCUGGAGCUCAAGAAGAUCCUGGACACUCUGGAGACGUAUGACCCCGGCUCCGAGUACAUCCCGCGCCACGGCAGCAGCACGGCGGGGAGCGAAGGCGACCGCAACAGCCAAGGGGACGAGCAGGACGUGGCCCCGUCCCUGGAGUACUGGCCGCAGAGGUCCGACCGCUCCAUCCCGCAGCUGGACCUCGGCUGGCCCGAGACCAUCGCCUACCGCGGGGUGACCCGCGCCACUGUCUACAUGCAGCCGCCCAUCGAGGGCCAGGCUCACAUCAAGGAGGUGGUGCGGAAGAUGAUCUGCCAGGCUCAGAAGGUCAUCGCUGUGGUCAUGGACAUGUUCACUGAUGUUGACAUCUUCAAAGACCUCCUGGAUGCGGGCUUCAAGAGGAAAGUGGGUGUCUACAUCAUUUUGGAUGAGACCAACGUGAAGCAUUUCCUCCAAAUGUGCGAGAGAGCGCAAAUGCACACCGGGCACCUGAAGAACCUCCGUGUCCGCAGCACAGGGGGCACAGAGUUCUUCACGCGCUCAGCAACCAAGUUCAAAGGGGCUUUGGCCCAGAAGUUCAUGUUUGUGGAUGGAGAUCGGGCCAUGUGUGGAUCCUACAGCUUCACCUGGUCUGCAGCAAGGACGGAUCGGAAUGUCAUCACAGUGCUCUCAGGUCAAGUGGUGGAGGCGUUUGACAAGCAGUUCCAGGAGCUGUACCUCAUGUCCAAGGGGGUGAGCCUCAAAUCCAUCUCCAUGGGCGUGGAGCCCGAACCCGAGCCUGUAACACUGCCCUCCGUUGUGCCGGUGACCCCUGCCAACGCCAUGGUGAAGAAGCUAAUCAACCCCAAAUACGCCCUGGUGAAGGCUAAGAGUGCAGACCAGAUCAGCAAGACUUCAUCCGAGAACCAGGACAAAACACAGAAGGGGGAAAACAAAGGCAAAGGGCUGCACGAGGGCGCAGCGGGAGACAGGCACGGCGAGGCGGCAGACCUCUCCCUGCUCAUCCACCCCGGCCUCCUGAACCUGGAGAAAGCCAACAUGUUUGACUACCUGCCCACCUGGGUUGAGCCCGACCCGGAGCCUGGGAGCGAAGUCUUGGGCUACAUCAAUAUCAUUGACCCCAAGAUAAAGAACGUGAAGCUCUCACAAAUGAACCGCAUCAAAGUCUGCGACGUCUCCCAGGCCAGCGCCCAGCACCGGCAGAUGCUGAAGAACAGGGAGCUGGAAGCCAAGAAGAUCUCAACUCAAGAGCCACCUCUGCUGUCCCCCUGCCAGAGGCAGACCCCGCAGGUCCUCACAGAAGCUCCUGUGGCACUGGCCACCAGCCCCAUUGAAGGCAGUGGCUGGGUGACAAAGCCAGUGGGAACAUCAGCCGCUCAACCACUGAGCCACCACUUGAAGCCACCUGAGGAGACACCUGAGGAAGCCAAGCCCCCAGUUCCAAAGCCAAGGACUGUCCCUGUUGGCGGCCUUGCAACCAAAGCCACCACACCGUGUGACAGCCACAGUGCCCCAGGGGGUGACGUGCAGCCACCGCUGGUUGACCAUGUGGAUGCGAGACAGGAACCAAAGGAGAACCCCAGCAGAGCUUCACCGGACAGCUGCCACCUCCCAGUGGCGGGGCCACAGGAGGACAAGGGGCCUCCUUGUGCCCACAAUGGGCUGGGAGAGGAGGAGGAGGAGGAGGAGGAGGAGUAUAUCACUCUCAGUGACCAGGAGAGCUGCUCCAGCAGCUCUGCUGACCACAGCUACCGCCGCUCCAACGCCUCCUCCAUUUCGGAUGAGUACUUUGAGGUGAGGGAACGCUACGGGCCGCUGCGGCGAACCAACUCGGAUGUCACUCACAAUGGGGAGUUUGUGCCCAUCCAGAGGAAGCUCAGUGACCCCCACAUCAGUCGAGGAACUUUCCUCAGCCCCCUGGGGAGCCUCCCAUCCCUCAAGCACGUCCGCGUGGAGGACAUGGCCAAGAGGAGGAGCAACGCUGUGGAGAUCAGGUGUGUGCUGCCCCACACCAUCUUGGAUGGCAACGGCUCCUACCCCACCAGUGCCACACAGGGCACGCACAUCUACCGCUAUCGGCCCAGGAACCUCACAGGCAGGGAGCAAGGCAAGGAGCCCUCCUGCUCCCCACCGUGCGAGAAACCCCCUGGGGCCAGCAAGCACCGAAGGGACAGCACCGAGCCCAAAAAGACCGUUGCAGGCAGCCAGCCCUACUGGCAGGGCAAAGCCUUCAGCCCCGGCAAGCCGAGGGCAGCAAGCAAAGCCCUGAGCUCCCUGCCCGAGAGCCAGAAGGCAGCCGAGGAGUUGAGGACACCGCUCGGCAUCCCACUCUCCAAACUGUCCCAGUCCAAGCACCUUAAGAACAAAGUCAUGGCAGCUCCAGGUGCUACCGACUCCAAGAAGAAGCCCCCUGAACCCACCAGCCAGAAGGAGCAGUAGGGGUGGAUGCAGGCGGGUGGACUGCAGGCGAUGCUCUGCCAUGCGGAGCAGGGGAAUCUUGUUUACAUUUACCUGGUCAGUGCACCAGUACCACGUGGCCAUGAUGGACAGCCCAAAC